GUAUUCAUGUACAUUUUAUUUUUGUAACAGAAAAUUCAUUAACAGUUGAUUGACAAUGAAAAUCCCUGCAACACUUCAAGGUAUUACCCUUGUGCUGGGUUUUGUCUUGUGUGUGUGCAGUACAAGGAGCAACCAGAGUGGUAACAAGAAACAACCCCUGUCAUGGUCCGGUUACUUGAGGUUGAAAUAUAAAAAUGCAAAUCGUACUCACAGUAUUACACUUAGCAAUAAUUUCAAACCCAAUUUUGAAACUAAGCUGAAAGGUCAAGUUCACUGGUCCUUCAAAGAAGACAUAAAUAUACAAGAUUCUAAAAAUGGGUGGUUGAAAGGUCUCGGCCAUUUGUCCAAAGAAGGUGUAAAUGUAUCACAUAGUCAAAGUCAUCAGUCAGGAGAAGAAGAUAUAAAUCUACAACAUAAUAAAAGCAUACAGAAAAAGUCUGCAUUCAAGGUGAGAAGGCCUUGCAUGGUGACUGUUGGGAGAAAACAGAUUCCGGUUUCCUGUAACUCUCCAGUAUUUGAGGCAUCACCAGUUCCUGAGGAUGCAACUGUGUUCAAAUUUGAUAAAAUACCUUCUGAUCCAAGAUUGCUUCCUGAGAUUGGAAAUGGUCACCUAGCAACAGUCUUAUUCAGCGACACAAUCUAUAUGAAUGGGUUGUAUAAUGGUGCCAACACAAGCAGCCAUCGAGCCCGAAUCCCAUCAACAGUUUCAUUUAACAUCUCUGGCGUUUCACCAGCUAACUCCUCUAGGAUAAGAGUCUUAGAUAUGGGCAGAGGAGUUUACUAUGAGCGAUUUGAAGGUCACGGCUACUUCAUAGAGGUGAGACAGUAUGCCCAUCGUGUACUGUCUCGUCUGCUGGUGAUCGAGGUUGUGAUGAAGCGUGAUGGCAGUCAGCAUCUCAGUAUCAAUGUCACAGUGAACACAGGGCCCCCUAGUGAGGACAUCACGUUUAAAAACUCAUCUUCAAACAAUCCGUACAUAUGUGUACUUACGGGGGAAACAAAAGAAGCAGAGUACCCAAGUAUUGCACCAACAACUCCAGUAACUGUCUACUCCAAUAACAUCGUCAACACCAUCACGCUGCCUCCGAGAAUAUCGGGAGCAGUUAUACCAUUUAUAACGUCAAUCAGUACCAGCAAGGAUGAGGCUAUGGACUACUGGAACAAAGGUAUGAGUUUGAUGAUGAAUCAAACCCUGUUUUCCUCCCACGUGGAUGCAUGGACCAGGCUGUGGAAGCGAGGACAUAUUGACCUCACUGGUGACCUCACACUGUCAAGAAUCACGUACGCAUCUCAGUACUACCUACUGAGCUCGUUACCGGUUGAAGAAGACAAAACGUGGCCAUUUGUUGGUCUGGCUCCUGGUGGACUCGCCCACGGUGGGGGCGACAGAGAUUAUAUGGGCCACGUCUUCUGGGAUCAGGACACGUGGAUGUUUCCUCCCAUACUGUUCCUCCACUCUGAUAUUGGCAAACUGAUGGUCAACACUCGGAUCAGGACUCUGAAUUCUGCUAAACUGAAUGCCAAUGAGACAGGUUACAAAGGUGCCAGGUAUCCAUGGGAGUCGGGAUUCACAGGACUAGAAGUGAGUCCAUCAGAGGCGUGUGGUGAUCGUGAGGUUCACAUCACUGGCGACGUGUGUCUGGCGUUCAGACAGUUCAUACAGCAAACCAACGACACACACUUCCUCACCUCCGAACAGGGUGCAGACGCCAUCUUCAACAUGGCUGCUUUCUGGAUCUCAAGAAUGCUUUACAACCAUGGGACAGGCAAAUUUGAAAUACAUGGCGUAAUUCCACCUGAUGAAUAUCACAGAAACAAUGACAACUCUGUAUACACAAACUCCAUUGCCAAGGAAUGUCUCCAGACGGCCAUGUUGGUGAACCGUCUGCUGGGCAAAGAGUCUCCCAGACUGUGGUCAAACAUUACAGCCAACAUGUAUAUCCCCUUCAACAGCACCCUGCAGUACCAUCCAGAGUUUGAUGGCUACACCCUGGACACGGUGGUGAAACAGGCCGAUGUGGUAAUGCUGAACUACCCACUGAUGGAGGAAGACCGGGGAACACAAGUUACGAAAAACGACCUCAAUAUCUAUGAAAAGGUAACACCCGGAGGUCCAGCGAUGACCUGGGGAAUAUUCACCAUCAACUGGCUGGAGCUGGGCAACAAGAGUCGAGCUGAUAAACUCUUCGAACGGAUGCUCCUCAACGCACAGGAACCUUUCUAUAUAUGGACAGAGAAUGCAGAUGGUAGCGGGGCGACCAACUUUCAAACUGGGAUGGGUGGAUACCUACAAGCUCUUAUUUUUGGUUAUGGUGGAUUUAGAUUAUACAACCAAGAGCUCAGGUUCAAUCCUUCAAUUCCACCAACCAUCACAACGUUCUCCAUUAUUGGUCUUGACUAUGCUAACAACUCAUUUGACUUUGUGUUUGAAGACAAGAAAAUGACAGUUACUAUGACCCUUGAAACUCGACCUGUUGGUAUUCGAAUCAAUAACGUCACUACAAAGAUGACAUUAGGACAAGCGUAUGUUUAUGCGAGAGUACAAGCUGCUCUUGUUCCACUGCAAGUUAAAAUAGAUGAUGAGAAAUGGCACUUAGCAUAUAACAUUAUUUUUUUAUUCUAAACAUAACAGAAGUAAAAACAAAUGGUUUAGAAAUUGUAAAAAACCCAACCUUGUACACAUUAUAGACAUGCCAUUUUGAAUGGUAGGUACGAUUGUUUUUAUAAAUGUUUUGACUUUUAA